CACCAUGUAAGAAGUGCCUUUCACCUCCCACCAUGAUUCUGAGACCUCCCCAGCAAUGUGGAACUGCUGCCAGGAUGGAAACUAACUACCUGAAGAGGUGCUUUGGAAAUUGCCUGGCCCAGGCACUGGCAGAGGUGGCGAAGGUUCGGCCCAGUGACCCAAUAGAAUACCUGGCUCACUGGCUUUAUCAUUACGGGAAAACAGUGAAAGCAAAAGAAGAGAAUAGGGAAAAGAAGAUCCAGCUGUGGGAGGAAUAUGACAGUAGCCUCAAGGAAAUGGAAAUGACAGAAAUGCUGAAACAGGAAGAGUAUCAGAUUCAACAGAACUAUCAAAAGCGUCACAAGGAACUGACUUCUGAAACUGUUUCCACAAAGACCAUAUUCAGGCAGGAGGACACAAACCCCCUUGAGAAGGAGGCCUUGAAGCAGGAAUUCCUGCCAGGUACUUCCAGUCUGAUUCCAGGAAUGCCUCAACAGGUUCCUCCUUCAGAGUCUGCUGACCAGAUUGACUGGAACUUCAAAAUGCCACAAGAAAUAAAUUACAAGGAGGCUUUUCAGCAUGAAGUUGCUCAUGAAAUGCCUCCUGGCUCCAAAUCUCCUUCUUAGGUUACCAGAAGGUAGAUGCUUCUGAUUUACUUCUCUCAAAGCUGGAAGCCAAGAAAAUGGCCAGCUAGAACCAAGAUUUAAGGGGCUGUAAAAGGAGAGUUCAGGGACUCUCCAGCCUACUCCUGUUCUGAAAAACCCUUAAUCAUGUGGAUAUUUGAACUAGUUAUAGGAUAAAAUAAACUCAGAAUAAGGAUUUAAAACAAGUAACCAAAUGGCUGUGACUUUUUCCUCUUGUUUUAUCAAUGUUCUGGAGACUACACAGUGAAAACACAUCUGUUGGGGUGAUCAGACCCAACACCAGGCCGUGGGAGCUACAGAGUCUGGCAGAGUCAAUGGAAUGAGAAAAGACAAGUUAAGAGAGAAAGUGGGACCAGGGGGCCAACACUAGUAUGGAGGCUGUGAAGGCCCUGAGCUCUGGAAGCCCACGCUAUUUAUUGGUGAUCAAACAAAGAAACAGGUGGUGAGGAUGUGGGGGUUGAAAGGAAGUAGUGUAUCAAGCGAAUGAACUACAGCUGUGACGGUUUAGCAUUUUCUUUUAAACAUGGCUACUGGAGAUAACGGGAGUGCUAGAAGCAAGGAGUCAGCAAGUCUGGACACAUUACAAAGGCCAUGAGGGGUUUUAUCCUGGACCCUGGACAUGUUCCAAGCCCUGCCUCAGCUUUUCUCCUAACACUAAGCUUUCCUCCCAACACACAUGCAUCUCAUGUGUUCAUGUCUUAACUUUUGCUUCACUUCACUGUCAGGCCUUUCAGAGUAUUUUUUACACAUAUCCUGGAGUCUACCUAUGUCACUGAUAGCAGAUAUUUUUCUUCAACAUAUAUUACCAAUUUUUUAAUACUUUUCUCAAUUUUUGUAAUUGUGGUAAAAUACAUGUAAGACAUACCAUCUUAACCAUUUUUAAAUGUACAGAUCAGUUGUAUUAAGUAGAUUCAUAUUCUUGUGCAACCAUCACCACCAUCCAGCUGCAAAACUCUUUCAUCUUGCAAAACUGAAACUCUACACCCAUUAAACAAUAACUCGCCAUUUCUCCCUCUCCCCAGCCCCUGGCAACCACCAUUCUUUCUGUCUCUGUGAUUUAGAUUACUCUGUAAGUAUGUUGUAUAAAUGGACUCAUACAAUAUU